AUGCUUGGCUCCUCCGACUUCUUUUCAACCUCAACAGGCCCAGAAGGUUCUGCCGAUGCAGAAGCAGAAUCGGCCGGUUCGACAGAUUCAGAUGGAUCUGAAGGUUCAGCAGAUUUAGCAAAUUCUGCUGCGUUCUCUGAUCCCAAAGGCUCAGUCGGCUCUUCUGACUCCAAUUUUUGCUUCUUGCUCGUCUCCUCAGUCUCCUGCUCUGCUUCUCGCUUAAUUCCAUUCAGCUUUACAUCAGUCUCUGAUGUCGUCUUAUCCGCACCCAAAACUGCAGGUGGAUCAGAAACGGCCGGCAACUGUUGGGAAACUUGCAACUGUGCAGGUGGCGGACCUGCAUUAUGA